UCUCUUCAAGCUCUCUGCUCGCGCGCUCAGCAGAGAAGCCUCUCUUGCUACCAACAACAAUGGCGAUCACCAGUAGCUCUCAAGAAAUCCUCAUGCUGGAAGCUCCGCCGUCCGGACCUUCAUGGCAUGUACCCGCUAACGCCGAAAUCGUCGACGCCUUGCCCUACAUCGACGACGAUUACGCCGACCCAACCGUCAAGAGAGAGGUCGAUCGUUUGGUGGAGGAAGAGAUGCGAAGAAGUUCCAAGAAGCCCUCCGAUUUCCUCAAGGACUUACCUCCUCUCCCUAAGUCCAAUUUCCAGGACCACCCUAUGCUCGCUAGAGAAUAUGAACGCGUUCGAGCAGCGAAGCCUCCGGUGAUUCUGGAUUUUUCUCGGGAUAAGUUGGAGAUACCUGUGGCCAACAAAAGGAACGAUGAAACAGCUUGGAAGCAAGCUCUUCAGAAAGCUCAGUGUUCUUUGCAGCACCAAGUUAUUAGGUUGGAAAAUUUGGACUUGACGUUUAAGUAUGGUUCUGAGGCCUGGAAGCAGCACAAUCGACGAUUGGAAGUGCUCUUGUCAAGACUGCAAAAGUUAGCUCAGCAACAAUAUGACAAGAUUGAGACAGUAAAUCGUGAAAGGAAAUAUCAUCAGCAAAACACUGCUUAUGAGCUUAAUGCUCUCUCUGCUCAGUGGAAGGAACUUUGUCAGAAGAAUAUAGAAAUUCAAGCUGCAUGUGCUCAACUUGAAAAUCACAUAUCUGAUUUGAAAAGAGAAGCUUCAGAGAAAGGAUGGAGCUUGGAAACAAGUGCAGAGGGUGGUUCUUUUCCUAACGUAGAAUAAGGGCGGUCGUGAAGAUCUCUGGACUUGAUCAUAGAUGUUUGGAGGAUUGCUGUGAUAUUAUUCUCUGUUCAACACUCAUUGGCAAAGACUUCAGAGCUGGAGACGUCGGUAAGUUCUGCUCCCUGAUUUUGCCUCAAACGUCAUGGAAAAAAUCUGGGAGUACACCACUAGUUGGCGAUGAAGAAAGAUAGUUCAGUUUUAAUUGUUUAUUUGCUCUCACUUGGUACUACUGCAUUUAGAAUAAUCUGUUAGUGUAAUAUUCAAUUUUUGGAAAUUAGGAAGUCUGGUUCUUUGCAAUCGUGUCUUCUUUUUUUACUAUUAUUAUUCACUGCAAAUUUGCUUAUAGCUUAAGUCUGUUUUAUAAUAAUUUGUUAUAUUUCUAACA